AUGGCUUCUCGUGCUUUCUUGAGAUCAAGAAGACCAUUUGUAGCUUCGAUGGUCGUUAGGGAACUGAUAAUGCACAUUGAACCGUCGUAUAACCCGAUGAAAACGUCUGUUCCAAAUCUGGUUGUUGUUUCGAGAAAUGGGAUAUUGGAUUUCAAGAAUUACCAUGACGGUAGACCUAGAGGACCACUUUGGAGAGGCAAGAAACUGUUAGGCAAAGAAGCUCUUUUCGUCAUUCUGGGCCUGAAAAGAUUCAAAGACAAUGAAGAGAAGCUGGAUAAGUUCAUCAAGUCGCAAGUGUUGAGGCUCUUGAAGAUGGAUAUGAUCGCCGUUCUGAAAGAGCUCGAACGGCAGGAGGAGUUGGCGUUGGCCCUCAAGAUAUUUGGGAUAAUUAAAAAUCAGGACUGGCACAAGCCUGAUGUCUAUCUUUAUAAGGACUUAGUUAUUGCAUUAGCAAAAUGUAAAAAGAUGGAUGAUGCGGUGCAAAUAUGGGAAAGCAUGAGGAAGGAGGAUUUGUUCCCUGAUGCUCAGACGUAUGCUGAACUUAUCAGAGGUUUCUUGAGGUAUGGUUCACCUGCAGAUGCCAUGAACGUUUAUGAGGAUAUGAAGAAGUCUCCUGACCCACCAGAGGAGUUGCCCUUUAGGAUUUUGCUGAAGGGCCUAUUGCCACAUCCCCUACUGAGAAACAGAGUCAAGAAAGACUUUGUGGAUAUGUUUCCCGAUCAGCAGGUCUAUGAACCUCCUGAGGAGAUAUUUGGAAUACCUUGACAGUCCCCCCCAGUUGGCAUUAAGAUAUUGGAUGCAAUUAUAAAUGCAAAUGAGAGGUGGAAUUUUGUGGAGAUCCAAAAAGAGCCUACCUGUGGAGAGGAAAGCAUUUUCUUUACAUUGUUGUUUGCAAAAGAAAAAUGCUUUGUAAGGAGCUUGAGCAUAAACUGAAGCCUUGGGUUGGGAAACUGGUUCGCAAGUGAGUGGGUAGUAGGUCGGAUACACUUAUUAGGAGGAAUAUAGUUUGGGGAAGCUCAACCAGCAAUGGAGUAUUAAUUGUUUAUAUCAUAACAACCACUCUGAAGUGUUUAAUAUAGACACUCAACUUAUCUUUGACCAAUUAAGUUUGUCUUUUAUUUUUAAAUGUGCUUUCUGUCUGGGUUGACAAUGCAAUUGAAAUGUGGGAUUUCUACUCCCUGUUUGGGCAUGUUUUUUUUCUCUCUUUGUGCUCUGCACUGUAGUUUUUGAAACCAGAUAAUUUAGGCGAAUACCUUUGCCCAAUCUUCACCUAAAUGGGGACACUAUGAUUAUUAAUUUUUCUACUAAUUUACCAAGAUGUUUUG